AUGGCCGCACCCACGUUCCCCCUGAGCCGCCUCAUGUUCUCCGGCCUUCGAAGCUCCACCCCUCUCCGCCCGGCAGCUCCGCCGGCGAGCUUCCGUACUUUCUCCGGUACGUCUGGCCGGAAUACGGCGGGAUUCCCCCCUUCCGGCGAGCAACUAGGCUUCAGCUCGCACGAAUGUAGUCAUGGCAGGUUCAAAUGGGAAAUGACUGCUGAAGGCUUGCAUCUCGGGCUGGGGGUAGGGGCAAUGUCCCAUGAUCAAGUUAGUGUGAAGAUGAAGGGAUCGGAGCUCACUGUCCAGGGCAAAAUGGAGGGGAAUAUUCCAGGCGGCAGCAUGGCGGUAAUCCUGAGGUACACGGCGGAUCUGCCCAUGGAUCACAUCAAGCCCGACGAGAUCACGUCCAAGCUGGAUGGCGGUGUUCUGAACGUGUUCAUUCCGAGGAAGAAAACCGAUGGUGAGGAGUCGGAGGGUACCUCCUGA